AUGAAUGGAUUGAAGUUAUGUAACUUCCGUCGAGAUAUCCUUUUAUUGAGUCGGUUGACUGUGCUUGAUUUAAGCAAUAAUGAAAUAGAGAAGAUUCCGCAUGAAUUUGGUAGAAUGACAAACCUGUGUGAGCUAAUUUUAUCCAACAAUAAUUUGGGUGUACCUAAUAUUUCUGAUUGGAGAUGGUUAUUAGGACUUCAGAUUAUACGGACAUUGAAACUGUUAGAUCUAAGUGGUAACAAGCUAAAAGGUCUUCCCAAUGAUAUAUGGAAACUGCGCAAUUUAGUUACUUUAAAAUUAUACAACAAUGAACUUGAAAGAAUACCAGCAUCCUUAGGACGAUUAAAGAAUCUUAGGUACUUAACAUUAAGCCAGAAUAUUUUAAAAUCUUUACCCUGCAGUCUAAUGCAGUGUCGAUUUGAGCUGUUGGAUAUUUCCAUGAACAAAUUUGAAAACAGAGAGACAUUGAUGAAACCAAAGCUUUCCUCACAGUGGGAUUUUUGCAUUGGCAGUUUACUACACAUAGCAGCAAAAGUGGUUUUAAAAUACAACAUUUAUUAUGCCCCUAAUAUCAUACCUAGAACAUUGACAGAAACUCUGGAUAAUGCAAAUUUGUGUGUUUGUGGCAGGCCUGUUUUAAAUAAUAUAUUUAUAAUUAAACAAUUUGACUGUAGAGAUUGUUUUAGAUCAGCUACUAUUACUAAUGAUAAUGUGAAUCAUGCUCUUGACUUUGAAUGUUAUUUUUGUUCGUCAAAGUGUCUGAUGAAAUACAAUUAG